GGAGCGCGGCGGAGGCGGCGGAACUGUUUCCGGAUUCCGAAUGAGUGACGUCAGAGUGUGAUCGCGCGAGAAUGUGACGUAUUGCGGGAGGGCAGCCCUGCCGGAAAGCAGCAGCUAAGGAGCUGGACGUUCAAACAACCAUUGGGGACCAGCUGUGUUAUGAACAUCGGGCCUAUUGAGCGGUUGAAGAAUGGCAGCUAAUGAGAAAAUGGAAGUGACUGUGAAAACACUGGAUUCACAAACAAGAACAUUCACAGUGGAUGCAGAGAUCACAGUAAAGGAAUUCAAAACACAUAUUUCAUCUGAUGUUGGAAUUUCACCAGAGAAACAGCGGCUUAUAUAUCAGGGGCGAGUACUGCAAGAGGACAAAAAACUGAAAGAAUACAAUGUUGAUGGGAAGGUUAUUCACUUAGUUGAACGGGCUCCUCCUCAGACACAGCCUUCAACAGGUGGACCAUCUACAUCUUCAAGUACUUCACCAUCCAGCAGUAAUGCCGCUAAUGUACCUGGGGCUGGGGCUCCUGAAAGGAAUGGAAACAGCUAUGUGAUGGUUGGCACAUUCAAUCUUCCGCAUGUAAUGUCUGGUCUUGGUGAGGCCAGCAGAGGCCCACGUGUUUCUACAGUAAGUGGGAAUGAUGGCUCCACUCUUGAUGUCCAUAUAAAUCUGGAUCAACAGCUCCCUGUCCAGAGUGAACCUCGUGUUCGUCUUGUUUUGGCUCAGCAAAUACUGCAGGACAUACAGAGGAUACUGGAUCGUUUGGAGGGACAACCAGUUAAUGAGCAGACUGCAGAACCGAUGGACACAGCAGUGUCUGAAGGAGAGGCCAGCAGUAGAGAAACCUUGCCUCAGACUACACAGAAUACAGAUGGGCAGUCGAAUACAGCCCCUACCAGUCAUCCUUCACCAUCAGAAUAUGUUGAGGUCCUGCAGUCUUUGUCACGGGUUGAGGAACGUCUAGCCCCUUUCAUGCAACGUUACCGGGAAAUCCUUAGUAGUGCUACCUCUGAUGCCUAUGAGAAUCAGGAAGAAAGGGAGCAGUCCCAGCGGAUAAUUAAUUUAGUUGGAGAAUCUCUUCGUCUCCUGGGAAAUGCCCUGGUUGCUGUAUCCGACUUGCGCUGCAAUCUCUCUUCUGCUUCUCCUAGACACUUGCAUGUUGUUCGCCCUAUGUCCCAUUACACUGGGCCCAUGCUACUACAGCAAGCUGCUAUACCAAUACAGAUUAAUGUUGGUACUACAGUCACUAUGACUGGGAAUGGAACCCAUGCUGGUCAGAUGCCUUCAGAUGGGAAUGCUGCUCAUACUCCUACCAAUACUUCAGAACCUCAGCGAUCUAACUCUGACAACCAACCUCCAUCCAGUGGAGAGAGACCAGCUUCUGAGAUCCCUCCCACUUCAGUUCCACAUCCCCACCCUCGUGUUGUACGGAUUACGCACCAGACUGUUGAGCCUGUCAUGAUGAUGCAUAUGAACAUUCAGGAUUCUGGACCUGGUGGCCCUACAAACAUUCCCCCACCAACUGCGGGGCAUGGGGGAAGUGCACACAUUCAUAUGCCAGGAUUACCCCCUGAGUUCAUGCAGGCAAUUUCUCACCAGAUUACACAGCAAGCUGUGGCUGCAGCUUCAGGGCAGCAAAUUCCUGGCUUCCAAGCUCCACCACGCUUUGUUUUUACUAGGCCUGCUGCCCCUUCAUUUCCACCCCAGCCUGGGGUAGCAACUACCCCACCAGGACCUGGAGGGGCAACUACUGCUGUACCUGGGGAAACGGUGGGUCCAGCAGGAAAUGCCUCCUUGGCUCAGAUGAUCAGCGGUCUUGUUGGACAGCUUCUGAUGCACCCAGUUAUUGUUGCUCAGGGUGGCAGCAACACCCCCUCUUCUACGUCAACCCCAACUUCUACAUCCUCCUCCAGCUCCUCUUCAUCCUCCACUGUCACUACCUCUACAACAACCACCUCUUCCACAUCCUUCCCCACUGUUUCAUCAGGUCCCUCUCCCCAGCCCCCACCUGGCACUGAUCAACACCUCUCUCAGCUCCUGGGCUCUUUACUGGGAACUGCCGGCUCAGGGAUGUCAAACUUCGCUAUGGGUUCGCCGAGUAUUACUGUUACCGUGCCUGGAAUGCCGGCCUUUUUACAGGGUGUCACAGAUAUAUUACAGGCUACACAGACUGUUCCUGUUUCUACUUCUCCUCCCCAGUCUGCUUCUCAGGCUCCUCCUCCUUCAUCACCCUCACCACCUCCUGCCCAUUCCUCUCCCCCUCCAGCUGCCGCACCAGAGUCUCUUCCUCCAGAGUUUUUCACUAGUGUUGUUCAGGGUGUCCUUUCAUCCAUGCUGGGGUCUUUGAGUGCAGCUGAUCAGAGUGGAACAGAAAGCAUUGCAGCUUUCAUUCAGAGGCUCAGUGGCUCCCACAACAUUUUCCAGCCUGAUGCAGAGGGACCUGGUGGAUUUUUUGGUGACUUACUCACCUUGAUUUGUCACAAUUUCUCCCUGGUCGAUAUGGUAAUGUUACUGCAUGGUCAUUCCCAGCCUUUGCAGAAUCUGCAGCCUCAACUGAGAUCCUUCUUUCUUCAGGAGUAUCUACACCAGGCAGAUCCCACACCUAAUAACAUCCAGAUGGCAUCAAGAAAUCUUACUAAUGGCCUGGAAGAGUACAUAAGAGAAAGCUUUGCCUCCGUUACUGUGCGUGAUGAUGUUGAUAUCACAAGAACAAACCUUGAAUUUCUACAGGAUCAGUUCAACAGGAUCACAACACACAUCCUACAUUGUGCAGAUUCCACAUUCGGACAGCGGCUUCUUGAGAUGUGUAACCAGUCUCUCUUUGAAUGGCUUGCUCUCAACCUGUAUUGCCUCCGAGGGGACCAGAGUGCUCUCACAUCUGUCAUUAAUGAGAGAAUUCGAAGACUCUCUCUAGAUGUUUCACCUGUGCUUGUCUCGUGGGUGACGUCUGUCCUGUCCCUCCGUCUUCAAGUGCUCUUGGGGCAGAUGCCUGUGACUGAGGGCGAGAUACAGAGACAUAUACGGAGAGUGGGAGAUGUUCCGCAGGCUCCUGAAGCAUCAUCUCAGGAUCAACCUAUGGAAACCACACCUGUUGAUUGUCAGCAGAAUGGUGCUGCCUCUCCAGUUCCUGCCACCACAGUGGAGGAGGUGCUUUUCCUCCCCCCUCAAAGUUCAGUACCCACCAUAUGCACAGAUUCUGAGCACCCAACCCAAGAAGAUACCGGAUCUGAGCAAUGGGCAGCAUCUGUGCCCCCAGAAUGGGUUCCUGUAAUCAGACAAGAUAUGCAGAACCAGCGGAAGAUGAAACAGCAGCCACCCUUGAGUGAUGCCUACCUGAGUGGCAUGCCUGCAAAGCGCCGCAAAACAAUGCAAGGUGAAGGGCCACACUUGUCCCUCUCUGAAGCUGUGAGCCGUGCAAUGAAAGCCACAGGAGCCAAACCAGAGAGCAGUACAGACUGUGUUAGGAGGGAGCUGGAUAACAGUGAAGCACAAGGAAGGUACAGAGAACAGUUGUGUCAGGAUAUCCAGAACAUCCUCCAAGACAAUGAGUCCUACAGUGCCCAGAGAUUCCCCAACACACAAAGGGCAUUCAGAGGGGACCCCUAAACAAUAAUCACUCAGAACUCUCCUUCAGUUAUGUAUAUACCCUACAGACCUAGUGGUUUUUUUGAUGGUAUCCCAGUACACGCUGCACACAGACGUUGCAUUUUCUUAGUGUAAUAUGUAUACAACAAAGCCUUACAGUUGUUUGCCCUGCACUUCUCACACAUACCCUACUAAACCUAGGUCUAAAUAAGGGGGUCUAAUCACCCUAAGUGAAGCCCAAUCAUACAAGCACCUCUUUGCUGUUUAUCUUCCCCAGUCUUUGGUGUGUGUGUUCUGUGAGAUUUGUCCAUUUACAAUAUAAAUAAAAGAAACCUGCCAGUUG